UAUCUCUUCCCUUCCAUUAAAUCCCUAAAAUCAUAAAUGGCUCAUACCUAAGAUUAUCAUGAGAUAAAUGGGGGAGGCAGCAAGUGUGAUGUGAAGAGAUCUGUUGACGGCGAAGAAGAUCCAUAGGAUAUAUCUCUAGCCAAAAGCAAAGUGUUCCAGUGCUAUUUUUCAAUGCCUCAAAGAGAGAUUGCUGAGGGGUUGCCUGAAGUUCUUGAACAACUGCAGAAAUGGACUUCCCAUUUGCAAAGAAGAUGUGGCUAUUUGGGUGGUUUGUGUAGCAACCAGCAUGAACCUCAAAAUCAAUUGCGGUCACAGUCUGCACCAAAAUUACUUCAUGUGUUAUAUAUGUGUGUCCUGCGGGAUUUAAGGAUGUUUUCACGUGCUAAAAACAUUCAGAGAAUAUGGAGGCAGAUGAAGGAAACAAAGCGAUCAAUAUUUAUCGUCGUCUACUUCGUUCUGGCAUGGCAUUUGGAGCAAAGCGUUGGAUUGAGAGGUUGGAUAGACAUUGUGAACGUAUUGCAUGCUUGAUGUCUUUAAACAUUCUCUUCCUACAAAUACAGGAUGGCCUAGGACAAAUUACAUACCUGAAAUAGAUGAGAAUCACAUACGAAGAAGAACCAGCAAGGAGACG